UCUGGCACAGCUUGAACAUGGAUAUCGCGCUUCUCUCAAUCUCCCAUCGUAUGCUGAAUGCCUCCACCGUCGUCCGGCAUUCGUGCAUUGUACAGCUACUCUUAUUCCUCACUAAAAUCAACCCGGGUAUCUCCACCAUGCCAACCCCAUACCACGCUGGAUACCUCCAGGUCCCUCUUUAAAGGUCCCGUCUCCACCCAUUCCUUGCCUAAACAGUAUUCUCACACUAGGCGCAAAUCGCAUACACCACAGCGGAGACCUCCAGGGUCUCGCAGACCCACACCCAUCAGGCCCCCACUCCUCUACAAUACCUUCCCACACUCGGCACACACCCCCGUCUCCCCAAUAAAUAAGCAAACCCCCCGCCCGCCCUUCUGCACAGCAACAUCCAAGCACUCAACCCGCGUGACAAAGUGCACGUCGCAGCCAUACAGCUCCAUGCACGUCUCCAGCACGUCGUGCGAAUGGUUCAGCGGCUUUGGCUGCGCCUUGGGCGUCGGAUGGUACGGGACAUGGUUGUCGCGGGGAACAUGGCCGUUGGGCGUGACGGAGGGCAGGUCCCAGUUGCGGUCGGUUCUCAGCAGGUCCCAGCACCCGGGGGAUUGGUCUUCGUUGCGGGAGUCCUUGCGGGCGCGGGGAGCUGGAACUUUGUACAUGUUCUGGUGUGUUGUGCUUUGUGUAGUAUAUCGUGGCAAUGUGUCGUGAGGAGGCUUGGGAGUGGUGCUGUGGGUGGUUGAUAGUAUGGUCUGCUUGACAGUAUGACCUGCGGAAGUGCUGAUGGAGGCUAGGAACAUAUAGUGUAUCUGCACAGCUGUGACCGUGAAGGCAUAGUGCUUUCGAUGGCAUUGUGGACAUUUCUGUCUAAGACAUAUGCUUGACAUCAUCACCUGUAGAAGACCACCUUUAAUGUGCCGCUGCUGUCUUUGUUAGCCGUAUGUGUUAAAAUCUGCCGUUGUGCCAUAGUGGUCUUCUA